CACUAUUUGCGCCGAAACCUGUAGCUUGCUUUCGUGUCAAGGAACCUAGGAAUCUAGAUCGGGCGCUACGACGUUUAACUGUGCUCUGACUAGUUGAAGUUGCGUUUGCGUCCCGGGGCAUAAUUAUGGCUGAUGAUGCUCCUACGAGUGGUACUGCUAUUAGGAGCGGUUCAAUGACGACCAUAUCUUCUGGAAUUACAGUGUCAACACGACCUCGUCGACCUACCCGGCCUCCGCCCCCCACUCCCACGGAGUAUCCUACUCCCAGUGUCAGUGAGGAUGUUUCUAGAUUACCGAUCGAUGAUAGUGAACUAUUCGAGGAUUCUCGUGGUGCUUCCUACACUAUUCUUAUGAGACCUGAACAUGACGCAUCUUCUGUCAGCGAAGAGCAAAGUCUAAACAUGACCGAUGGGUCUCUCAUCGAUGAUGGUCGUCCGCACACUCAUGACAACGAACUUACCCACAUUCACGAAGAACCAACCGAGUUCGCUGUUGAAAAGACAGAGUUAACUCCGCUACGAGCUCAUUACCUGAAAAAAGCCCUCCUCACACUCGAGUUCAACCAAGAGCUAGAUUACAUCACUUCAUUCACUACGUCCCUCCCUCCAAACAUCUCCACCCUCUCCCUUUUCGGACCUCCAUUCAAACCUUUACCCAAAGAUUUCUUUCUUUCUUCCUCUUCCUCUGGCCCCUCCCAAUCUCUUCAAGGACAACCGCAUAUACAAACACUUCGAGAUAUCCCCUUCCUCCGUUUCAUGUUCCGUCAAUUCGUCCUUACAUUCCCAUUCCUCUCCGCAGCUCCUAAAGAUUUCUUCCCAAAUAAACUUCAACCUUUUCUCGACUCGCUCCUCUCUCGAAACUUCUCCCUCUCCUCCGACCUUUACCUAUACCCAACCGAACGUGAACUCAUUGAACGGUUCUCCGGUAGUGGUGGUGGCGGAGGGGGCAAGCCAGAUGAAGAGAAGGAAGGAAAGGAGAAGAUGUUGGGUAAGUUGGAAAAGUAUAUGUGUUUGUUGCUUGGAGCAGCGAUGAGACUUUGGGAGAAGGAAGAGGUGGUUCGAUUGACUCAAGGGGAUUUGGAAAGACUCGAGAGGAGAAUGAGGAAGAGGUAUGAGAAGAAAAGGGGCAAGGGGGCAAGGAAUAGUGGUAUUUUCGAGGUGAAUAUCGUGUGUGUGAGGAGCGUUGUUGAGAAGAGACAUGUCAGGAAGAAGAAUCAUGAUGAAUUCAUCAUACAGACGCGGAGGAGUGGAUUCGAUGAUAUUCAUGUCUCGAGGCGGUAUGGUGAUUUCCGGACCUUUGCAGAAGAGCUCAGUAAGCAUCACCCAGGAGUGGACUUACCUUCCCCUCCCGCAAAAGAUCGUUCGAGCACGACAUCAGGCAUGACAACUAACAACAACCCUGUUAACAAUGCUCUCCGUAACGCAAAAUCUUAUCCUAACCUCCGUGAAAACGCUUCAGCCUCUCAGGACUCGCUCACUUCACCUCUAACUCCUUCCACAACCCCACUCCAACGUGAACGAAAUCGCCUAACCCUCCGCUCGUACCUCCACGCCCUUCUCUCUCAUCCCAAUCCUACCAUCUCAUCUUCGCCUGUCCUUAGAGCGUUCCUCACGAUGGAUCCUACGAAUUUGAGUGAGGAAGAAAAAGUGGAUGCGAGAAGGAGGGAGGAGUUGGAUAGAGCCAGGGAGGUUGGGAAGAAAGUGUUUGAGGAGGAAGUUAAGGAGAGAGUCGAGAGGGUUAGAGGCGGCGUUAGGGAUGUUAAGGGGGACCUUAUGGGACCAGAUGGUCUUUCGGAGGUGUUUGCGACGGUGAGGGAGGUGGAGAAUGCGGAAGAUUUACCUCCUCGUUACAGAGCUGUCCUAGAAUGGGGAAGAAUAUCGCUAGCGUCGACGAUCUUUCACCACUUUGUUGCAUCUGAUACGGCAUCCGAGAGUCUUGCGGGGCUGAAACGGAUACAUGGGUUGAUGCCUUAUUUUAUGAUGAAGGGAGUUUUAAAGAUUAGCAAUCCUGUGGUUAUGAUUCGAGGUGUUAUGGAUCUGUUCAUGGCGACGCCUUUUGGAGGGAAAAGUUUGCUACAGAGGAUGUUCACGAGCUCCAUGACAGAGGAGGUGAAGGAGCUAGAAGAGGAGAUACAAGCAGUGAAGGAUAAGGUGGAAGAUCUUAUCCUAUGCGAGAAAGUAAGAAAUUUUGUGUAUGCACCGAAGGAGAUCCAGGAUGUUUAUAAAGCGGAUGCUGCCGAAGAGAAUUGUAAUCUUUUAACGGUUAUACUUCGUUCACCCGAAGAGCCAACUUUAAACCGUCCACAGUGGCAUCGCGUGGCGCGUGCCACGAAGGCUCACGCGGUGUACGUUCGUCAGCUUGAGGAACGGGACGAUUCGGAUGAGGACGAAGGACCAGAGGAUGAAGAUGGUUGGUUGUAUGAAGAUCUAGGUGUGUUAAUUCGGCUCUAUGCGAGGUUGAGGGAUAGGGAGCAGUUAAUCGAGUUGGUGUUUGAGGGAACGACGUCGGAGCUUUUGAGGGAUAUCAUUACGAUAUUUUACUCGCCCCUUGCGCAGGUGUACAAGGCUGCUAGUAUUGCCGAUUCUAUUAGUGAUCUGCAAAACUUCAUCAAUGAUUUGAUACGGACGGUUGAGAAGGGAGAAGAGAUUAGCCAAGAAGAUCCAUCGCGGACUGUUCAGCUUUUCAUCGACCUCGUUGCACGCCACGAGCAAGCGUUCUACAGUUUCGUGCAUAAAGUCCAUUCGAAGGGCGAAGGAUUAUUCGAUGGUCUUAGGAAAUGGAUCGAACUUUUCCUCACUUUCGUCCGAGAGGGACUCGGAGGAGGUCAGGAACGAAUCAGUCUCGAGUUCAUCCUUCCCCAUGCGGGUAAGGACCGCGAGGAAAUUCUGAAAGAAGUUGACGAGGUGACGUUGUAUCAUUACAAGCUCAAGGUGGCUUAUGAAGCGAAAAUCCGGAAACGGUUCCAACGGCAAGUUGGCGCGUCGAUCGAGGAGGAACAGGCUACCCAGAUACUUGCUGAUAACGUGAUUGGAGAGUUGCAGUUCGGACAGUUGAUCAAAGGCCAUGCGGAGGAUGUCUUUGCUGAGGAUGAUGACGAUGACGAUGAAGAGGACGAGACAUCGAGCGAUGAGUAUUCUAAUGAGGAUGAGGACGAUGAGACGGAGAGUGAGAGUGAAGGUGAGGGUGAGGGGGGCAGCGAGAUGGUCACCUCUUCAAGCGGAAGUGCAUCACCGGAGUCCUCUAGUCCUUCCUCUCGGCGGUCGUCCACUGAAGUCGAAUCCCCACAUGAUCAUAUCGGUGGGACCCCAACCAGUGGCGGGAAGCCGAUGCCUCCCAUUCCGGACGCACAGCGUGAGCCGCGGUUAUCCAACGUUGACAAGCCUCUUCCCCCGCCACCAUCACCAUCGCCAUCAGGUCACCGGCGAAACGGCCCUGAUGCCAGCGCCGGAUCGAACUUGAAUGGUUCACAACCUGGUGGGUAUAAAUUACGCAAACGGCGAAAGGUCGAUCAAACGGUGGUUGAACCCCCAGAAUUGAGGCAUAUCCCUAAAUUACUACCUAUAUUCGUAGAGAUGGUCUCGCAGUUUCUAACCCCCAUAAGAAUCAGUAGGAGCUGAUACCGUAAUACCGACCUUUCACCGCACGUAUAUUUGCGGAUUCCCCGGAUUCAGGCGCAUUGCCAAGGACACACUUGUUUUUUUAAAGUCUAGUGUAAUUGCUGAUAUUUCUGUAUCUUGUUGCCGCUCUCGAUCAUUUGUUGUACUGAAGCCCCAGCCACCAUUGUGUAGAGGACCUUUUGACAUUAUAUGAUGACAUGUAUAGGAAUACAAUGCGGACG